GGGACUUGAUGUGAGGGGGAACUUUCUUACUAUGAAACUUAGGAAUAGUUGCAAAAUAUUGUAAAAAUUAUCAAAAUCCCUCGUGAAUCAAUAACCUGCCCCUAGGGAUUGAGGUUUUUAGUUUAGUUUGCCCGGAAAGGGCUUCUAUACUCACUAUUCUUACACUUUUUUGAAAGAAUGUGUGAGACAGACAGUUAGCCAGCUAGCUAGUUAGCUGGGAGGUGAUACAGGCGGCAGGAGAACAAAAGAUUUUUUUGCGUUUUGACCGGUUGUACUGACACCAAGUCCAUGCAGAACGUGUCAUUACCAUCACAAUGCCCGUUUUACUUUUUCUGAUAGACACGUCCGCUUCAAUGAACCAGCGCACCCAUCUGGGCACUACCUAUCUGGACAUAGCAAAAGGCGCUGUUGAGACUUUUAUGAAGCUCAGAGGGAGAGAUCCUGCAAGCCGAGGGGACCGGUAUAUGUUGGUAAAUUUUGAAGACGUUCCGUUCGGGAUAAAGGCCGGAUGGAAAGAGAGCCAUGCCACAUUCAUGACAGAGUUAAGGAACCUUCAAGCAACUGGACUUACAACUAUUGGCCAGUCCUUGAGGACCGCUUUUGAUUUACUCAAUCUCAAUAGAUUAGUGACUGGAAUAGACAACUAUGGACAGGGAAGGAAUCCCUUUUUCCUGGAACCAGCCAUCAUAAUCGCCAUCACCGACGGCAACAAGUUGACCAGCAGUGGUGGAGUCCAAGACGAGCUCCAGCUGCCUCUGACCACCCCACUGCCUGGUAGCGAGCUGACCAAGGAGCCCUUCCGCUGGGACCAGCGCCUAUUUGCUCUGGUGUUGCGGAUCCCUGGCAGCGCUUCGGUGGAGCCUGAACCCCUUGGAGGGGUCCCGCCUGACGAUUCUCCCAUCACUCCCAUGUGUGAGGUCACUGGAGGACGUUCCUACAGUGUGUUCUCACAGCGUAUGUUGAACCAGUGUCUUGAGUCUCUGGUGCAGAAGAUUCAGAGUGGAGUGGUGAUAAACUUUGAGAAGACGGGGCCUGACCCGCCUCCCCUAGAGGAUGCUCCAGCUGAGGUAGUGAAGUCUGGUCCACAGCCUUGGCAUUGCUGCCACAAGCUGAUCUAUGUCCGACCCAAUCCUAAAACCGGUGUCCCCAUUGGACACUGGCCUAUUCCUGAGGCCUUCUGGCCGGACCAGAACUCCCCUACAUUGCCCCCCCGCUCAGCCCACCCCCACAUACGUUUCUCCUGUCUGGACGCUGAGCCCAUGGUGAUAGACAAAGUGCCCUUUGACAAGUAUGAGCUGGAGCCUUCGCCACUCACGCAGUACAUUUUGGAAAGGAAGUCCCCGCACAUCUGCUGGCAGGUGUUUGUGUGUAACAGUGCCAAGUACAGUGACCUGGGCCAACCGUUUGGCUACUUAAAGGCCAGCACAGCGCUGAACUGUGUCAACCUGUUUGUGAUGCCCUACAACUACCCUGUGAUUCUGCCACUUCUGGACGACUUGAUUAAAGUGCACAAGUUCAAGCCAACUCUCAAAUGGCGGCAGUCUUUUGAGAACUACCUGAAGACCAUGCCUCCAUAUUAUAUCGGGUCGUUGAGGAAAGCUCUGAGAAUCAUGGGAGCGCCGAACCUGCUGGCCGAGAACAUGGAGUACGGCCUGAGCUACAGCGUGGUCUCCUACCUGAAGAAGCUCAGUCAACAGUCAAAAAUUGAGUACGACCGCUUGAUUGCCUCAGUUGGUAAGAAGCCACCAUCAGAGACCGGAAUCCAGGUGCGGUGGAGGGGUGGAGGUAUAUCUCUGGCCCAGCGCAGGGACUUCAUCCAGCAGCUGCAGAGUCUCACAGGAGAUGCCCCGGCUCUGCCCAUGGAGCUCAACCCCAAAGAGUUUCAAGGCUUUCAUCUGGCACUGCUCAACAAGGGCCUGAAACCUCAGAGCUUUAGGAAUCCCUACGACAUCCCUCGCAGCCACUUGCUGGACCAGCUCACUCGAAUGAGGAGGAACCUGCUCAACACCACUGUCUGUAAUCUCAGAGGGCAGGACUCAGACCAGCUCCACAGUGUUCCAGUUGCCCAGAUGGGCAACUACCAGGAUUUCCUCAAAGCUGCCCCUCAGCCUCUUCGAGAUGUGGACCCCGAGCAGCCAAAACGUCUGCACACAUUCGGCAACCCCUUCAAACUGGACAAGAAGGGAAUGAUGAUCGAUGAGGCCGAUGAGUUUGUGACUGGUCCUCAGAACAAAGGCAAGCGACCAGGAGACAACAACAACAACAUGCAGGGUGGAGGUCCCAAGAGACGCCGCUGCAUGUCACCUCUACUCCGCAUGGGCAGGGCCUACACCCCUCCAGUAACGCCCCCUGCCAGCCCUCGACCUACAGACAUGGGCAUGAACAACGGCGCACCUGAUCCAGACUUGAUCAUCAACCACCUGAAUCAGAACCACUACGACUCAGACUCGGAGGCAGAUCAUCCCUCGGGGCCCGACGACCACCAGGAGAACCAUGCAGCCUCUGAUCCCCAGGACUUCCGGCACAGGGACGAGGAGGAGAACAGGCGGCCCCGGGAGGGUGAGCUGUUGCUGGGAAGCGACGGCGGAGUGGAGAUGGUGCUGGUGGACAACCAGCCGCCUCGCUACCUGACACCUGCAGCUCUGAAGAAGCACAUUCACAAUGAGACGAUGAAGGUCAACAAUGAACUGAGGGUGCUCAUCACCAAGGAGAUCAGAAAACCUGGCAGACACUAUGAGAAGAUCUUCCUCCUCCUGAAGGAUAUCCAGGGCACACUGGACACUCGGCUCAUCUUCCUCCAAAACAUCAUUAAAGAGGCGGCCAGGUUCAAGAAGCGCGUUCUCAUUGAGCAGCUGGAAAACCUCCUGGAAGAGAUCCACAGCAGAUCCAAUAACAUGAACCAUGUAGACACGCUCUGAAGCUCAUUCCCAAACUGAACUUACUGAUAAUGACCCAGACAAAAACCCCUUCUUGUACCGGCACCCCACAGAGACGAAGGCAGCAUCCAGCUCUCAGACCACCACUUUUAGUGUUGGUCGCGUUGGUUUACACUCAGUAUAAACUAAUGGCAGUGUUGACUCUGGAUGAUGUGAUAUCCAGCAUGGGGAGUGAGGAGGUGUUUUAUCGCUGCAGGUGAGGUGUUUGCCUAUGCAGUGAGAUUUUGGGCCUGUGUGCUGCUGCUUUCCAGUCUGUGGAACUAUCCCUUCAGUUAUUCUCCUCCUCGGAUCAAGAUUUUCUUCUUUUAAGUGACAAAUGAGCGAACAAUCUCUCAAAUGGGAGGUAGGACGAACGAGGGAGGGCAGGACAUUUCAGUGUAACAUUCAGUCACGGAUGUGUGAUAAUGCAACAGCCUGACAAUGUGUGAAAGGUUCAGGUUGUGUGCGCAUGUUCGGCCAACUCAGGGUCAAACAGGAUCCGGUGGAGACACUCACGAAACACUUUUCUCUCCUCAUGCCUUUUCAGUCAUUAACCUCUGUUUUCAUUUUAGGUCUUGUAUAUGAUUUUGGCUUUUGUGGGAGGAUGAGUACCUGUCGUUUUUACACUCCACUCACUGAAGCGCUCCAGAGCUGUGCUCCGGGGCUGUGCUCUCAAAUGGGUGUGAAUAUGAAUUUGUCAACUUGUGCUUCAAAUCAAGCCUUGAUUUUCUUAGCUUCUGGUUUACCUACCAGAACAACAAUUAAUAUGACUGAGGAGUAACUUUAGAAUUAACGUCUGCAGGUUCUCAGAGAGAGCAACACAAAGUAAAGUCCUUUUGAACGGUGCAGCAUCAUUGGUUACAAAUGCUGAAAUACAGGGACAAACAAGCUCAGGAACUGAUACUAAUGCAUCAUAAUCAGCAAUAACGUUGAAGCUACGUUUACCCACUGCUCAUUUUAAUCUUUAUUUAGCCUGAAACAGCUGAUAUGCAACACAAACUGUUGUCCCCUUCAGCGUUGAUGAACUGAGGUUUCAGAAGCCAGCUUGUCCCAACAGGCUGUCUGCUGCCAAAUGACUCAACCCUGCCCCUAAAAACCACCCCCAUCCCCUCCCUCCCUCCCUCCCCCUGGGCAUGAAUCUCAAACCAACUUCUUGUCACUUAACCGUGAAUGCACUUGUGUAAAUUUGAGAAUGUUUAUUUAAUGUAAUUUAAAAAAACUAACUAGGUGGCUAGGGCGGUUCAGUUUCUCUCAAAUAUACACAAAUAAUCUGAAUCACGAUCUGGAGUUCAAGAGUUGAUUUCUGAUUCAGAGGGCAGCCCUUUUCCGUUCCCUCCUUCCUUGGACCGGGACCAAAAUCUGCCAUACUUGUCUUGGUUUGUGAAGAGGCUGCUACCAAAAGAGUAUUUUGAAUACACUGUAGAGAUGUAAAUAAUCCUAGAGCACUAUUUAAAGAGAAUGUUCAGUGAAAAAUUGCCUUUUUUGUAUUUCCAUGAAUAAAGUUUCUAUUUUACACUGUGAAGCACCGUGUAAAUAAAGUGGUCUGUAAAGAUGUGA